AUGUUCCCUGAUCAAUAAAACGAACAUGAUAAUUGGUUUCCUUUAGAAUCAAAUCCUGAUGUAAUAAACCCUUAUAUUUAAAACUUAGGAUUCGAUACAUCUAAGUAUUAAUGGGUAGAUUUAAUGUCUACUGAAGACUGGGCGUAAGAAAUGCUUCCAAAACCAUGUGUUGCAGUUGUAUUUUUAUUCCCAAUAACCGAAAACACAAUUAAAUAUGACUAAGAAGAGGAAAAAAAAUAGCAAUAAGUAGACGCUAAAGUAUACUUUAUGAAAUAAUUUGCUAGAAAUGCUUGCGGUACAGUCGGUGUAAUGCACGCAAUGUUAAAUAUGAUAGAAUAGCAUCCUGAAUUGGCCAAAAAAGAUUCGAUUUUGGAAAAAUUUUAUGCACAAACUUCCACUAUGACCCCUGAAUAAAGAGGUAACUAUUUUUUAUAAUGUAAAGAAUUAAAGCAUCAACAUUGCGAGGCUGUAGAAUAGGGAUAAGCGUAAAUGUAAGAAGAUGUAAAUACACAUUUUGUAUGUUUUAUAGAAAAAAAUGGACAUAUUUACGAACUUGAUGGAAGAAAAAAAAGUCCAGUUAAUCACGGAAAUAGUAAUAGUGAAAAUUUCUUAAAAGAUGCUUGUAUUUUAGCUAAAAAAUUAAUGGAAAGAGACCCAUAAUAAGUUAAUUUUACAAUAUUGGCUUUAUGUAAAGCUGAAUAAUAAAUAUGA